CGCGGCAGCGGAUCAGCCCGGUAGAUCAGUCACUCGUUCGGUCCGGUCGGUCGGCUGAUGAUACGUCGUCGUGGUCGCACGAGCUGAACGAGGAGGGUACGCGAAAGGAAAAUUCGGACCCGUGACGACUAUUGGAACAUCGAGAACCCCGCACGCGCGCGCGCGGAACGAUGAGGCUCCAGGAAGCGGCGCUGAUCUGCGCCGUCUUGACCGUCGUCACAGUACAUUGCCAAAAGAACAAAAAGGACGAGGACAAGAAAGAUGAGGAGUUUAGGUGUCCGGAGGGUCAGGGCAACGGUAACUUCGCCGAUCCAGCAACCUGUAGGAGGUUUUAUCAAUGCGUCGAUGGAUAUCCUUACUUGAACCGAUGCCCGUCGGGCUUGCAUUUCGAUGACAUCAGCAAGUUCUGUACCUUCAAAAAUGAGGCGCGAUGCGGACCUAUUGAGACCACACCGGCACCAAUCACCGAGCCACCAACGGAUCUGGCAGAGCGUUGCGACACGGCGAGCUGCCAGCUUCCGUACUGUUUCUGCUCCAGAGACGGCACAAUCAUUCCUGGCGGUCUUCAUCCGGAGGAGACGCCGCAAAUGAUUAUCAUAACAUUCGAUGGUGCAAUAAAUCACAAUAACUUCGAUCAUUAUCAAAAGAUAUUCACUCAGGAUCGCCUGAAUCCCAACAAUUGUCCGUUGAAAGGCACAUUCUUUAUCUCUCACGAGUACUGUAACUACAACAUGGUCCAGAGCCUGGCACACGAUGGUCAUGAAAUUGCGACCGAGACGAUCUCACUCCAGAAAGGCCUAGAGGAUAAGGGUUACGAAGAGUGGGUCGGCGAGAUGAUUGGAAUGCGCGAGAUACUGAAACACUUCAGCAAUAUUUCGACUGGUGAGGUCGUCGGCAUGCGAGCGCCUUAUUUGAAGCCCGGUCGCAACACUCAGUAUAAAGUGCUCGAGGACUUUGGAUAUAUAUAUGAUAGUAGCAUAGGAAUCUCGCCACUGAAGGUACCAAUCUGGCCGUACACUCUCGAUUACAAGAUCCCGCAUGAAUGUAAAGCGGGUACCUGUCCCACCAAAUCGUUCCAAGGUAUAUGGGAGCUACCAUUAAACGCACAUUAUGUAGAGAGUUAUGAAGGCGGACACUGUCCUUACUUGGAUCAAUGCGUUCUUCACAAUCACGAUCCCGAAGAAGUGUUCGAGUGGUUGCAAGAGGACUUUAAUCGAUAUUACGAACAGAACAGAGCCCCAUAUAUGAUGCCUUUCCAUACUAAUUGGUUCCAAAUCAAGGAAUUGGAACGCGGCCUAUCGAAAUUUCUGGAUUGGGUGGUAACGCUACCUGACGUUUACUUCGUAACCGCCACGCAGGCGUUAACGUGGAUGACCGAUCCGAAACCGAUUAAAGCUCUUCACAACUUCGAAGGAUGGUCGUGUAAGAAGAAGGAGAAUUUGCCAGGACCGCCAUGCAACAAUCCGCACAAGUGCGCUUUAGACUUCAAGCCUUCCGAAGCAAAUUUCACAACAACUAGGUAUAUGGAAACGUGUAGAGAGUGUCCGAAUAAGUAUCCCUGGUUGGGAGACUCAAAGGGUACAGGGCUAUACAAUGAUAAUUACAAUCCUGAAAAGAAAUAGGAAUGUUACCUAAGUGAGCUAGAUCUAAUUUUAGUACAAGCGGUUCGCGUUUUGUUGUUAUUAAAGUAGAUGCCUUGUGUGUGUAUAUAUAUGUAUAUGCGAUAUAGAUCCAUUAUUGAAUACAUACACACAUCAAACAUCUUACUUUCUAAUAUUGGAGAAACCUCAUAAAAUUUUAAUUUGCAUCUCGGACGUACAAGUCAGUAUGCUUAUACUUAUAUUUCUAUCUCUGUAUAGAGCAUAUACUCGACAACGUUCGCGUCUAUUAAUGUUAAGUAUGUACUGCUCAAUCUGAAAGAGAAAAUAAAACAUUUCGAUACUACAUAAAA